AUGUCUGACCGUGUGUCUAUCAUCGAGGGUGACGACCUUGUUCCCACCAACGACAUUUUCUCUGAGAUUAGUCUUCCCAAGACUAACCCUCUUGAGCACCAGACAGUCACUGCCCCUUUGCUUCCAUCUUCUCAGUCAGGAGAUAUUAACAUGGGCCCCAACUAUGGCAACCUCUCCUUGGGUCUCCAACCCUCCGUUAUUGUCCCUCCUGGAAAUGUCCGCCUUCUUGGUGGAUUCAUGUGUCCUACUGACGCUAAUAUUGUCCCUACUGAACCCAAGGAGGAACCUAAGGGGGAUGAUGACACUGAGACUAGUGUCUAUCACUGCCCAAGCGGUAUCCUCGAGUCCGGGGACGAUGAUGAGUUUCCCGGUGAGCACUUUCCAGAUGACGAGCAUUCCCUGGAUGUCCUUUCUCCCAUCGGUCCCAAGCGACCUCAACUCUACCUUCGGGACAACAGCCUCCCUGUGGCCCCAGUUGGACCGACAUCUUCGCCCUUCGAGGAGUACAACACCCUGUACCAGGGCAUCGGCUCUGCUUUCCCUCAGCCUGUCGGCCCUGAGUAUCUCAACCCCAUUGAUCCAGCGACUCGUCUCCGUAUGACACCUCAUCAUGCGAUCAAUGUCCCAACCCCUGGCUUUAUUCAGCCCGUUCAACCUUAUCACCCCGAGCCAAUUGUGCCUGUUUUCCCUGAGCCUAUUGGUCCACCCCCAUCUCAGCCUAUGGUCUACUAUUAUGCUGAGCGUAUCUUUGACCCUCAUGGCGAGGCUCUUGGCUCUGCCCCUAUUCAGCAGAUUGUCUCUCCCCAGACUGAUCCCAACAAUUCCGACUUUGCUCAGUCUCCCAUCCCCCAUGGCCAGCAGGCUAUUGCUGCCGAUGAGCCCCAGCCCCAGCGCAUCGGCUCCCUGGGCGAGAUGCUCAGCGGUCCUGAGGAGGUUCCCGUCUCGGCUCCUCGCCGACGUUCUACCAUUACUUUCAAUCCCAAUGCGAUUGUUUUCACACCUAGUCCCACUGCUGCUGGAUUGGCCAACCCUGGAGCGACUGAGUCCGUACCCAUCCCUACCGACGCUGGAAUGGCUCCCUAUGAAGCCAGUGAGCUCACUCAUAACCCUGCCGAUCUUGGUAUGUUUCCCUACGAGGAAACUGGCGUUGAGGGUUUCGUUGCCCCAAAUGCUGAGGCUGAAGCUACUAUGGCCGAGGCCGUCCAGGACACCUACAAGAAGAUUCUGGCCAUCGAGGAUGAGCGUGAUCGCGAGGAUGCCCUUAACGAUUUUUAUUACAAGCAGGCUAAGCCCUGGACUGAUGAGAUGACUCGUCUUGAGAAGGAGGAGCAGGAGCUCGAGGAGCGCAAGCGCCGAUUCGCCCGCAAGAAGUAG